UACAUAUUGUUUGCAGAUGUUUUAGCCGCCACCAUGGGCAAAUCAUGCUGUAUAGAGGGCUGCGAUGUGUCUAGUCCAGAUGUCGAGUAUUUCAAGUUCCCCCGCAGCGGGUCCCUGCUGGCAGCCUGGAUAGAGGCGACCGGGGCGCCGGGGGGCGACGUCUGCUCAGCACACUUUACUGACGCAGACUAUAAAAGCAUGCGCGGCAAACGGCGGCUACUGGGCACUGCGGUACCCAGCGUGUUUGCUACCAAACCACCAUCCACAGAAAACGGAAACAUCACAGACCCAACAAUAGACACAAACAAAAACGCCAAUACGGACCCGAAAAAUAAAAAAACAAAAGAGAAAAAGAGCACAGAGAAAGCUAAAGCCGAUUCUACCACAGACAACGUAAAUGAAAUAACCACAGACAAUAAUGUCAUAGACAAGGACGAAUCUACGACUGACACUGAUGUAACAGAGAGUAUAGAAAAUGGAGAGAGUUCGCAGAACACGAGGCAAGGUGGAGAAAAUGGGACAUAUGAUAAGAAAGAAGAAACCGCUCAACCCGAAGUAAACGACAUAGAAGACAUGAUAACCAACUACCAGAUCAAGCAGCCGCCCCUCGCCGACCGGCUCAACCCGGACCCCCUAGAGGACCUCAUCCCCGCCAUCUUGGAGAACCAGAGCGCACGGGAGCUACAGGCUGCUGUGCAGGUUGACGUCGAGGCGGAGAUACAGGCAGAAACGAGGAAUACUGAAAACACACAAGAGUGCUGGUGGCCGGUGGUGGUCAUGAUAACCAACUACCAGAUCAAGCAGCCGCCCCUCGCCGACCGGCUCAACCCGGACCCUCUAGAGGACCUCAUCCCCGCCAUCUUGGAGAACCAGAGCGCACGGGAGCUACAGGCUGCUGUGCAGGUUGACAUCGAAGCGGAGAUACAGGCAGAAACGAGGAAUACUGAAAACACACAAGAGGUAUACAUGUGGCACCCUAGUAGUACUAGUAGUAGUAGUGUGGUUAGUUUUUUUAUGUGGAACUGCUGGUGGCCGGUGGUGGUCAUGAUAACCAACUACCAGAUCAAGCAGCCGCCCCUCGCCGACCGGCUCAACCCGGACCCCCUAGAGGACCUCAUCCCCGCCAUCUUGGAGAACCAGAGCGCACGGGAGCUACAGGCUGCUGAGCAGGUUGACGUCGAAGCGGAGAUACAGGCAGAAACGAGGAAUACUGAAAACACACAAGAGGUAUACAUGUGGCACCCUAGUAGUACUAGUAGUAGUAGUGUGGUUAGUUUUUUUAUGUGGAACUGCUGGUGGCCGGUGGUGGUCAUGAUAACCAACUACCAGAUCAAGCAGCCGCCCCUCGCCGACCGGCUCAACCCGGACCCCCUAGAGGACCUCAUCCCCGCCAUCUUGGAGAACCAGAGCGCACGGGAGCUACAGGCUGCUGAGCAGGUUGACUUCGAAGCGGAGAUACAGGCAGAAACGAGGAAUACUGAAAACACACAAGAGGUGAGCCCAAACAAGCUCGACGUGAACCAGCUGGCGAACCAUAUAGCCAGCAAGUUGGACAACCAGUUAGCGCAGAUAAUGGCAACCGCGCCCGUCUUCAUAGAAGUCGCUGUGGAUCAGAACGACACGCGAGCCGAGAGCCCCCAAGACUGCCUGAUGUUACUGGAGAGCGUCCAAUGUGAAGUUGAUCCUUCGAGCCUUAUGUUACCUGAGCACGGCCCUGACACGGAUAGCGAUAUGGAGAUAGUAGAGACAGAUAACAAAAUAACUGAAGACCCCAACCCGAUAUCUCUUCUCACAUCCAGCGAUGAAGACGAAGUCAUUAUAGAAGAACCCCACAUCGACACGGUAGAGGUCUCGGACGAGACGGACGAGGACGACAGACCUCUACAAAGGCUUAUCAAAGAAAAACCUAAACAGAAAAAGCCGGAGAAAAAAAAGAAAAAGGGAAAUUUCGAGUACUUUGUUCAUUCCAGUCCAUACUACUGCGUCCAAUGUGACUUCAGAACGGACAACGAAGCAGAAUUCAUACAACAUAACAUAGAGCUCGCUCAUAUGAAUUCGACAACCAUCCAAGUAUGUUCUACAUGCAACUAUACGACUGCAAGCAAAGCACAAUUUUCUAGACACAAGCGGAAACAUAGAGAUGAAAGAAACUUCAAGUGCCAUCUAUGUAAUUAUAAAGCGAGACACAACAUGAGUCUGAUCUACCAUCUCCGCUGCCACGAUCCGGUUGAGAAGAAACAGGAAAAGUUCACAUGUGAUAAGUGCGGUUUUAGUUCAAAUGUGAAAAGUGAAGCGUUGAAUCAUUUGAAGAAUAAGAGCUGUGGUAGUAAGUAUUCGUGUGAUCAGUGUAGUUAUAGUACGAAGAGACGGAGUGAUUUGAGGAGGCAUCGGCUGAGGAGGCAUUCCGUUGAUGAUAGUGAUGAGGAUUUUACCAUUUAAAGAUGCCAAUACUUACGGAAUUAAUUAAUAUGGCUGACCUUUAACCUUUUUGACGCCAAUGACGGAUGUAUCCGCAUCGUCGUCCAACGGCGAAGACGGAUUAAUCCGUCACAGACCACAGAGCAACAUAGAC